GAGGAGAGAAGACAAGAGAAGAAAAAAGAAAGAGUGAGGAGGGAUGUCUUUACAAAAGCUACCAGGAUAUUUUGGAGUCAUGUUGCCAGCUUUCUCUCUGCCCAUGAAAGCCGAGCGCAGUCGGAAUAAGGAGCGGCUGGAGGCCAGUUUGGCUGGUUUAUGUGAGCUGGAGCUGCUCAAACAGAGGCAAGAAUGCCGGGUGCUCAGCGCCCUCUGCCUCGGGGACUCUCCGGCUCCCGGCCGUCCGCCUUGGGGAGCUCUACGGUCGGCCCGCUGCGCCCUGGACGCACCAAACGGCGACGCGUCGGGGGAGCAGAACUCCAAGCUGCAAACUAGCAGUCUCCAGUGUAUGUCCUGGGGUACGAAGGCAUCUUUAGAACGACAGGUAGCAGAGCUGAAGGUGAACACCGAGGUCCAAUCAGCAGAUUCCCCUACUGAUCCAGAGGACAGGCAACUCACUUCAGCACCCAAGGGCACAGUGGAGACUGAGACAGGAGAAACAUGGCUGCCGGACCCAGCACGAUGGGCCAUGGUUACUGACGCUUUGGGGAUGAUAAAGGACAUCAACCCCAAUCAGGAAGAUUAUCAACAAGCUCAAAAAGUUGAGACUUAUAUCUUUGGAUUGAUCCAACGGCGAGCUCUACCCACACGCUCCUCAAAGCUGCGCACCAGCCUGGCACAUGAUGCACGAGCUGUUAGUGUGGUGAGGCAGAGUAGUUUAUGCCGCAAGGAGGAACAACAUUCACCAAAGCAGGUGUCUGUUCAAGAGACCUGUACUCCUUCCCAGUGUUCAGAGGGAACUGCUCCAGAGAAUUGCCAUACAGGGACAGGAUUUACUGAAGAUUUCACACCUCUGUACCACCACAAUCUUCAGCAAAGUAACCAGCAUCAACCAGGGCUUUUUCACAGGCCAAGGCAGGCCUCCAUGAUUAACACCUCGUGCUCAACAUUGAUGGACUAUCCAUCUUGCAGAGUGCUGCAAGCCACCCCAGACUCCAGCAAUAGUGAGCCGGAUUCACCCCAACACUUCCACAACUACCCUUCCCCUCUAGCUCUGUCAAAGCCUCCCCAACCACUUUCACCUGAUGAGCAGCUGGUCAACGCGGAGUAUAUUCCAGCCCAGCCUUGCCGAGCUUCCACCAGGGCUUAUGCCCAUCAACAUCCCAACUCACACAAGGGAUCUGGGGUGACUCAACCCAACCGAAGUGCAUAUUCUCAAGAAAGAAGCCAUUACCAUCAAGAGCAGCAGCCCACAGCAUCCCAGAUCCAACCCUCCAGGUCACGAGGGGGCCCGAAGAAGUCUCGCUCAAAUGAAGACAGAAAUGGUGCCAGCAGAAAGCCAGGGAAGAAGGCGUGUAGGUCUCAGUCAGAAAACAGCCUGCAAAGAGUUCCAGAUCGCAAGUACAAUACAGUAGAGAGGGAUGGCGGGGGGAGUGGAAGUGGGGGAAGGGGAAGCCGCAGUAGUCAAUCCAGGAGCAAGAAACAACAGCAAGGGGGAGGUGGCUGUCGGCGCUGGCAGUCCACACUGGAGCUCAGCCAGGACGAGGCUGACCAGCCAGCCAUGCAGGCACCCAUGCAAGGCUCUUCUGCUUCAAACCAAAGGGACCAUUGCACAAGGCGCAUGCGCAAAUCUCGCCCUACACAUGCACAUAAUGCCCACCCACACCAGCACCAGUCCCACCAUCAGCACAUGGAGUACCAGUUAGAGAGGGAGCAAGUGCCACUGUGUCAGCCUAGUGAGGAAUACCCUCACCCACGUCAGGGUGAGUCUGAGUCCAGCAUGAGUGAAGCUGACUCUCCAGAUUCAAGCUCUUUGUCCAGUGAUUCAGAUGAGAGUGGUGGUCUGGUUUGGCCCCAACAGCUACCCCCUCAACUUUCCCUCCCAUCCCCUUCAGCCCCAACUGGGGCAUCUCUGCAGCCCAAGGCUUUUGUCAAGAUUAAGGCCUCACAUGCCCUGAAGAAGAAGAUUCUACGCUUCCGCACUGGUUCACUUAAAGUAAUGACCACUGUAUAAAGUGGAAUACUGGCAAAAGUGAAAGAACAUUAAUUGCAGGCCUUUGAACUAAAAGACCACAACCUGCAUGGUAUAUGAAAACCAAUGUGUGAAUGUUUCAAUUACUUUGGUUGAUUGAAUUGAUUAUAAAGUGAUACAUAAGCCUUAACAAGCAAUGAAGGAAGUGACCAUCAUCAUAUAAGCUGUUGGGAUGUAAAAACAUAUAUGAAGUGUUACAUUUUACUGAAAGUCUGAUAUGGAUGGAGGCUGGAUGGUGGUGCGGUGGUUAGCACUCUCCCUUCACAGUGAGGGUCCUCCGGCUUUCUUUCCACUGUCCAAAGUCAUCAGGAUCGGCACCAGUAUUCUUAUCUUAAACUCUGCUUACUUCUUUAUGUGGCAUUUUCAUACAAUUGUUCCACAUCAAAGUCACCGAAGACUGUCUUAACACAUGUUUCCAUGAGUAGCAGUGCAUUUGUGAGAUUUUUAUAAUGAGUAUAACCAACACUUUGAUAUGUAGUGAUACCUGUUCUUUAACCUGACAAAACAGACUCUUGUGGAUUUAAUGAGCCCACUUUUAUUCAUCUCUCAGAAGAUGUAUGGCUGUAUGGUUUUUGAAACCAAAUUACUACAUGGAUUUUUCUAAGAUACUCCAAAGGUCUUGGUGUAUUGAUGAUGGGAUUUUUGACAUUUUAAAAAAUUGCCUAAUUCAGCACCAAAUGCACAAAUGGUAUCAACCCCAUGUUUGCUGCAACAACUUAUGGGACAUAGUUGAGCAUGGAAAUGGACUUCAGAAAGCCAAACAUUCAUGUUUUAAAAAUGUAUACACCUUAAUUGGUUUAAUCAAUUGAUUAAUUGAACAAUUAAUCAAUUUUUACUUGAAAGUUAAAAACUUCACACAGUGAAGAGAGUGCAUCUCUUAAUAUUCAGGUUCACAGCUUUCAGAUGAUGUCCACUAUGUGUCAUCAACUGUUGACCUGCUAUCUCCCCCUAAACAUUCCCUUCUGUAUAAAAGGAGAUAAAAUGUUAAAAGGGUUAAAAAGGUUAAACAUAUUCUUUAACAAAUGGUUAUACAUGCACGCGUGCACAUUAUUUUUCAAAAUAUUAUCCUACAAAUCUGAGACAGAGCAUGCUCUUGCUGACAACUCAAGACAACCAAAAGUUGGUUAGUCUACAAGUUUUUCUUCAUAAAUAUACAGCUAUUAAAUAUAUUGUUGGUGACAGUAAAUGGAUCCUUUGGACAUGGAGAGAUGUGACCACAGUAUAUGAAAUGAGUAGUUGUUAAGGAGUGAAUUAUGAUCAUAGUGCUAAGUAAGUGCUUACAAGAAAUUUUGUGAGGAAUUUGUGGUUGAGAAAGUUAAAUCUUGCUGUUAAAAGAGCCUGCAUUCAGCUGAAAAGACAAUUGUCAAUCUUUUACAUUUUACUGCAGACACAGAGAUAAACCAACAAGAUGCUGCAGUAGCAUGAUUUAAAUAAUCUUUGGAGUUUUGGAGAGAUCAAAUUUCCCACUUACAGAGUCACGUAUUCUUAACCCUCUGGGCCCACUUUAGUUUACUACCCUUUAAAGCAGUUCAGGCUGAAAAUGUCCACUAAAAGGUACGAUUGAGAUGGAUUAAUUUGGUAUGAGUCUGUAUAUUGUUUUUUUUGGGGUUGUUUUUUUUUAAUCUUGAGAAAAGCCCUACUCAUUGUGCCUUUAAGCAGCAAAUAACAGUUUCUAUUUGCAGACUAAUAAAUAUGUGCCUGCCCAAAUAAUUUAAUGUUACAAUGUCACUUUUGAGUAUUUGACAGUAUUAUCAUUUAAAGUGCACUAGCCAACUAAUAGCUUCUUUUUGUAUGGAAUUUGUUUGCCAAAUAUUGUAUAUGAAAUUAAAGUUUUUGUUUUAAAGGUAUAAUAUGUAAC